UCUCCAGGCCCUCGUGUGAGCCUUGUUAGGGCGUACGCUUGCUUUUAGUUGUCUACCCGGAAAUGAAUUUGAAAUCUGGUUGUGUGUUGACUAACUUCAAACUUACUCGCGAAGGCAUCACAACUUAUCCAGGAUGACAAGAACACGUUCACAGUCGCAUUUGGUGUUGGUACUGAGAGCUCUUCUACUGGUUGCCUUCUUCAGCAACUCGUUGGAUGCAGCCAAACUUGAACAGAAUGGUAGCUGCAUGUUUUCCUGUCCAUCAAGGGAUGCCGAGGUUGUCAGCAACACGCAGACAGGUCUACCAGCCUAUAGGAUACUUAACAAAAUUGAUGGUCACAUCUACAUUGGAUCUAAUGAAACCCUCACGAGGCUGUCUAUCAAAAAUAACCAAGUUACUACAAAUCAGAUCACACUACAAACAAUGGAACCAACGCUUGUCGUGAAUUGUGCAGCCCAAAACCCGAGCAACAAAGAGACCGUUUGUUGGAACUUCAUACGUGUUGCAGAAAGAACAAGUUCGGGUCAACUUUUAGUGUGUGGCACAAAUGCAUUUAGCAGGCUGUGUUAUGUGUGCAGCACGUCAGGACCAAUAACGUGUAAUGCGAUCAGUUCAAGUACUUCGGCCCUCCUGUUUGUUCCUCAGCAAAUAGACGUCACUGCAUCGGUAUCUGUAAUCAACGAUGGCACAUCUGAUAUGCUGUAUGGUGGAAGCAGAAGGGAUCAGGAUACAACCUUUAAUAGAUAUGCUUUAAAUUCAGACUUGAACGCACACAACCCUAUCGAGUUUCAGUUGGACACAGUCGUUGUUGGGAUGGGCUUCAUUAACGAUGGAACCUUCGUAGGCAGGCCGUUUGAAUACACUCAUGACGAUGGUCGUGAGUAUGCGUUUUUUUUCUACCGUGAGAAUGCACUCGAAUACACCUCUGGAGAAAAAGUUUACUCUCGCAUCGCGAGAGUGUGCAAGAAUGAUAUCGGCGGCAUUACGAACACCAAUAGGUUUAUCACCUUCAUCAAGGCUCGUCUGCAAUGUUCAAUAUCCGACAGCAAUAUCCCGUUUUACUAUGAUGACAUCCAGGAUGUUGUUUGGGAUGCUAACAAGAAGGUUGCAUAUGGAGUAUUCACAUCACCAAAAGCUGGUCCUUCGACAUCAGCUCUUUGCAGCUACAGGAUAGAGGACAUCAUGAAUCUCUUCGAUAACGGCUAUUUUAGCAAACAGCCUGGGGGUGAUGUCAACCGGCAAUGGCAGGAAAUCACUGAAGCAAGUGGAGAUGAUUUUCCACUACCAAGACCUGGAUUGUGUAAGGAAAACCGCACAACGGACUAUUCUCCGCUGCUGUUUAGGCUGGUGCCCAACUAUAAUCCUGAUGACCAUACGUCAGGAAGUGACGCUACUAGAACACCACCUGACCUACCGUAUUCUGAUCCACCCAUACUCUUUGUGGACGGUGUUCGUUUUACAAGUCUGGUUGUUGAUCACGACAAUGACUGUACUUACUUCUUUGGUGCAACCACUGGAACUGUGGUCAGAGCUCAGAAAGAAAACUGCAGCAACCCAGACGAAAAAUUCAGUUUUGUCGAAGUUCGUGACAAGGGAACAAGUGGUCCCAUCACUGGUCUCGAGUUUCUGAGCAAGGAUUCCAUAAAGUACCUUGUGAUCACGACUGAAGACCGUGUCAUAACGAUGCCCUUAAACCCAGACUGCUCGGGUGAAACCGACGAGGACCGUCAGGUUGCACAAUAUCCAUGCUGUGAAUUUAGUGACUCUGCGUGUACGUGCUGUCAAAAUGGACAUCUAGUGGAAUCUCUUUACAUUGAUUGUUCAGUGACCUAUGCCACAACCGUCAUCAACAUAUGCGUUGAAUCCGACAGGUUGAAUUCGACGAUCACGCAGACAGACAUCACGGCCUUUAACAAUGACAUGAAUUCGUUUACCUGUGCUGAGCACGUGUUUUGCCUGGAUUCUGGGGAUGGAUCAAAUUCAGUAACAUGUCUUGUUACUGACCAGCACAGGAUCCUUCUGAUAAGGAAGCUAUUAUUCCGUGUGAGAGCCAAACCAGUUUUAACUGUCCCAAGCGUUCCCAACCUUAGUGCCAAAUUUAAAUCUGGUCGAUUUGCUGUUGGCGUGUCCUGGGCCGAGAUAACAGCUACUGACACUAAGGAUCUUCCCUUCGUGAAUGACAUUAACUGCACUGAUCGGGGAUAUGCAACAAGUGUCGGCGUCAGAGGAGGAAUGUUCGGACUUGGACCUCAUGAAGUGACCUGCUCAGCAACAAAUUCUGAUGGAUGCCAGGCUUCAAAAACGUUUACAUUCUAUGUAAAAGCUUCCCCUGUAUUUAUACGUGCAAAUGAGUCGGCUCAAAUUGCCUCUCCAAACUACUUGCGAACUGCCUCCUCACACAAGCAGAGCAAUGUGAACCUCACUUGGAUCAUCAGAACAGAAAACGGACGAAGAAUUCGCAUCAUUUUUCACAAUCUCGACAACCAUAAUGGAUCAGUCUUCCGUGCCGGUGAUGGUAAUGACAGCGCCGAUAGUGCCACCAUGUUCUUCGAGUGGAAAGGCACGGGGGAAGUACCCCAUCUAAUCUCAUUGGGAGACACUGUAUGGUUAACGUUUGAUGGAGCGUACAAUAACGCCGCAGGAUUUUUCCUUUCAGCUUUUAGCCUACCAUCAUCUGGUGCAAAUGGAGAUAAAUGUGCGGCUUCUGGGGUCCCUCCAAGCUGUGGAAUGUGUGUCGGCCCUAUAAACAAUGACAUGACUCGUGGUCCACCGUGUUCCUGUCAGGCAGGGAAAAUGGGAGCUUUGUGUGAUAUUGAAUGUCCGGAUUUAUCGCUGUCUAUACCAGAUGGUGUGGAGUUUGAUGCCAAUAAAGAGCCUGUGUUUGUCACCUGGGACGAAGUGACUGGGAAUCAGACUGAGAUCGCCACUGGCAUUGGUUGUGCAUCUCCUGGCUAUGGCCCCGGGGAUGUGACCGUCACUGGUGGGCUGUUUAAGGAGGGGUCGCACACAGUAACUUGUUCAGCUUUUGAUUCGAAUGGAUGUGAGGUGCUUGAAAGAUUCACAUUUAGCGUUAACCUGCACGAUCUAGCGAGCACACUAGUGCCAGACAUAUGUCAGAGUACUGAUAAGGACAUCAACGGGCUCCUCGGCUGUUCGAGUAAGAUUGUCGUGACACAUGAAAACGCAAAUGUGAUUGCCGAGACAGUGGCACGUUUGGCCAGAAAGUAGACUGAGUUGAACUCACAGGGCACUACUUCGAUUGCAGAAAUUUUGCAAGACUUAGCGGCUGUCGCAAA